ACCGUCGCAAUAGCGGAUAGUAUCAUGGCGCGGAAGUUACAGUUAUUAUCUGGUUGCUUUCGUUUUCGUUUUGGAAUUUUACCUUUUACAGUCGGAAAGUUCAUCCAUAGCUAGCAAUGAUGACAGAACUGUUUGUCAUUUAUAUAUUUUCAUAAAACUAGUUGUUUCUAUCACCUACAUGUGGGAUUUGUUUAGUCACUUUUGUGCCAGCUCUACUCCACUACACCACAAAGUGAGUAAAAAGUAUUGGCUGUGUCAUGGCAAACGAAUGCAAACAAAUGCUUAGUUCAAUAAAGGAACAAUUAGAAAAAAUGAAGAUAAAAGGAUGUGAUGAAAAAGUCAUGGACAAUAUUUUUAUACAGAUGGUAACCAUCCAAUCAUCAUUAAUUCCAACAAGUAGCAAGUCACUUGAUAUUGACAUCGAAAUCGAGUUAAGAACAUCAUUAAUGCAAAGUAUAUCCGACAGUUUGCAAAUCCUCAAAAUAUCAUUACAGAAGAGUUGGAACGAUUUGGAUUCAUGUCUUGAUUGUGUAUUGAAUGCGAUUUUACACUGCUUCACAUUCUGUAGGUCUUCCAGUGAAUCCAUUUCAACUGAAUAUAGCCACCAUGCUAAUGAGUUAUCGAAUUUGUUUAAAUUGACUUAUCAAUGCAUGAAGAGUGGUAUAGAACUGUUGGAAAGUCAUCCAAUUAAUUGUGAUAAUAAAGAUGGAAUGAAAAUGUUGGCUCAAACACUUACCACAUUAAUAAAUUGUUCAACAGAAUUGUUAUCUAUUGAUAUUAUGGCUGCAGUGGCAAUUUGGAAAUAUUUGAAAAGAGUAUGUUCACAGAACACUGCGAUGAUAUUAUCCAACAUUGAUAUGUUUGCUCCAUUAUUUGAUAUUAUCAGUAUAACUAAAGCAACACUCUCACAAUGUCUGGAUGCAUUGCCAAAAAUAGAAAAUUCAUCGUUUACCAAGUUCCAGAAAGUUAUUCGAUUCUUUUUGGGAGUUACAAUACAGCUAAUCAAGGAUUUUAAAAGUGUGAUGCUGCUGGAGUCAACUAGGACUCUGUUUGAACUUAUUUCAGAUAUGCACAGGCUUACACUGGUUGAAAAUAAAAAAUAUUUUAAUGAAUUGGGUUGUGGUAAAGAGUAUAUGAACUUAGGAAAAAAUAUCCUGACUUAUUUGGAGACACUGCUAUCGGAAUUUCUUCAACUACCACAUUGCUUGAUGUGUCUUAAUGACAUGGACGAUUUCACUUGUGAUGUUGAAAAGAAAAACCAUCUGUUAUUACUACUAUCUAUUCUGGAUAAACUUUCUGACGCUGAUGAAGUAGUCAAAAAGAAAUGGAUGGAAUGCGACCCCAUGCAGCACAAAAGUGAUACUUUUGAGCAUGAUUCAAUUCUUGACCUUAUCUUUGACCAAUCGCAGAGUUGUGCUGAGUCACUUUUCUUAUGCAGGAAACCAGAUAUUUUGUUGAAUGGAAAACCCAUGGAGUUGUCGCUGUAUGAAUACAUGCUGGGAAAAAUAUGUGUCUUCUGUUCUGUUUUGCCAGCCACCUGUUUUGGAUCCUUGGAAGCAUGUUUGAUGGACAGUCUGUUGAGAGACUCAAAAUAUUGUCGAAUGUUAGCAAUGGAUGUAUGGUGUUUUGUUUCACGUUGGGGUUCAUCAGAGUUGUGCUGGAGUCAUCUGAAGUUACUAUCCAACUUGCUUAUCGAUUUAAACAAACCUUCAGUUGAACGAUUGGUGAUAUGUAGUGUUUCUCAACUCUUUAAAAGAUUGUUUUGGUUUUUAGAAGAAGAAUACCAUAUGAAAUUCCUCGACGAAUUUCCAGUUUGUGAAGAAACGAUACAUGUUUGGGGUUUGAUACCUUUAUGUCAGCUACAAACAAGUAAGGGAGUCGAACUAUGUUCGGAGAUUAUUCAGACGGUCACUUCAAUGUUGAGAGAAACGAAUGAAGAAUCUGAUAGGUUGAUCGUGAAUGGACUAUCCACGGUUUGCAGUGUGAUACAAAAUCAAGAAAUAUACAACAAUAUCGACCAAUCAGUGAAAGAAGCGUUAAACAAAGAAACGAUUGAUUUUUGGUUGUGUUUCAGUAAAGUGGAUUGCGACGUCGAAAUGAGUGAAAAUCUAAUGGUAAGAAUGUUGGAAAUGACUUCUCAUCUGGUCACUAAUUUUGACAGUCAAUCAAUCAGUGAGUUAUUAUCGGUACUGGAGAAUGUUGUGACGUGUGCAGAGAGCGCAACUUUUCAAUUGGAGACUUCCCAUUUUUUAUCACAGUUGAAAUAUCUACAAUUUGCUGAAGAUAUGGAGGAACAAUGUUUAACCUCGAUAGCCAAUAUUUUUCAACAUCUGUUAAAUUCCAAUGAUUGGUUGGUUGAAGACAGUGCAAUGACGUCACUCAGAGAAUAUGCCGAGGUAACAAUAUAUUCUGCAUCAUUGGCAACCUUUCUACCUGCUAACAAGAAAAAAGAAUUUGCAAGAUUUCUUAAAAAGCUUCCUCACGAAACAGAUUUAAAUGAUGAAAAACUGUCGAAACAAGUAUUUUACGAAGUUACAAUUCAAAAGAAUGUUGUCGAAACGGAAGAGGAGGAAUCGUGUGAAGCGAAACGAAGAAAGAUAGACGAUGAGGUAGACGAGGCAACUGAUGUCGAAGUGUUGCUCUCAAAAGUUGAGGAAGCAGUCAGUAAACUAUCCAAGCUACCAAAAAACUCCCGGCUGCUUGCAACGUGUAAACACAGACUACAGAAAAUUGUUAAAUGUUUGCAAGAACUAAUCCGUGGUGAAGACACGCUGCUGUGAAUGUUAGAUAUGUUUUAAUGGGAAUGAAAUCUUUUGCGGAUUUAGACCAAAUCCGGAAAAUUAAGUUCUUGAAAUUUGUAAAAAUCGGCAGCGGAAUUUCUAACGCAAAAUAUUUCCAUUUCUUGUACCCGCAUUAAUUGCUACCGAAAAAAGUUUUAUUUUUUCAGGUUUCGGUGUCCUAUAGGACUUAAACAAGUGAGUUUUCGUUGUUCAAUUAAAAUUAACCUUUUUUUCAAAAAUUAUUAAAGUGUAAUUAUAAGGAUUUCCUAUAAAAAUACAGCUUCAAAAAAAACUGAGCAAUUUUAAGGUGAACGAAAUAUUUAACUUUUUAUCCUAAGAAUUAAAAGAUAGAAAAAGCAUUUCUAGAUGUAGAAUAAGUUUAAAAUGGCCGUUCUUUUCUGAUAUGAUACUCGCGUCCCUGUGGUGGGAGAUGAAGCGAAACGGAACUUUAAAUGCACGUCUUUACGGCUAUCCAAAAGUAUGUCCACUUUGCUUUUUCUUGUUGGAGUGACGUCAUUUUAACGGCACUUAUUAUUCUGUUCUUAAAAAAGCUUAAAAAAAAUAAUUCUUCUUUACCUUUUUAUUCACCUGCAAAAUUAUUAUGAUAAAUAUUGAUACAGUCAGAGAUGGAAAAUCCUAACUAUAGGUAGUCAUGUGGUUUUGAACUACUUUUCGAGCUGCUCAGCAUUGUACUUCAGCAACUAUAAAAAUUUCAAAGAGGAUCUCUAUUAAAAAGGAGUAAUAUCUUAACUAAUGCUGGUCUUACUAAAUCAUACAUACGCGAGUGUUAAGAACUUAACAAUUAUUGACAAAAUAAACACCAUUACGUGUAACGCUAAACCUUUUUAAGGAACGUGUAUUCCAUUUUUUAUUAUUGUUAUUAAAUUUGGUUAGUGUAAAUACAGUUUUAUGCUAUUUUCAAACUAGAACGAUAGAAAAGAUGUCCUCCCGGUUGUUCAGACGUUGUAUAUAUUUAUGAUACAGAUUGUUAUACCCGUUCAAGUUUUAUUUUUUAUUUUUCGAAAUACACAUCUUCGCUUGAAGAUGGAAACGUUUACGCGGGUGUCAAUAUAUGCGUGCGAAAAAACAUCACGUUAAUAGCGAGGCUUAUACCCGGCUCGGAUUCUAACCAGUAUUUUACGCUACUUUUACCAAAGAUUGUAAAAUUGAUUAUACUUUUUCAUGUAGUAUAAGAGGUUUAUGAUUCCUAUAAUAUAUAAUAUAUCUAUAUUAUGAUACC